CGUGUACCACCGCUUCGCGUCGACGACUUGAUUGAAGACUUGAAAGACGGCACACGUUUACUUGCCUUAUUAGAAGUUUUAUCUGGAGAAAAAUUGAAGUCGUUAGAAAAAAUUUCAAGUGAUUUUUUUUUAAAAGUUAAAAAAAUUCCGGUAGAAAGAGGUAGAAAUUUAAAGAGACCACAUUUUUUAAGUAACGCCAAUACGGCUUUACAAUUUUUACAAAGCAAAAAAAUAAAAUUAGUGAACAUAAACUCAUCAGAUUUAGUCGACGGUCGUCCUCCAGUUGUCCUAGGACUCAUCUGGACAAUAAUUUUGUACUUCCAGCUACGAUCUAAGGAUCGCAGAAAGAUUGAAGAGAACACGAGAGCUUUGGAGUACCUCGGGCAAACCUGGGGAAGUCAGAGUAGUCUUGAGAGCUUGGGCACUCAAAGCUCCGCGGCUAGUGAAAGGAAACGGCUCAGCAGCGAAAAAUGGAAACAGGGAGCCAGAAAAACACUGCUACAAUGGGUUACAAACGCUUUGCCAAAAGAGUCAGAAAUUCAAGUCCGCGACUUCGGCGAAAGUUGGAGAGACGGCAACGCCUUUUUGGCGGUAAUAGACGCAAUAAAACGCAACCUUGUUAACAUAGCCGCGAUGAGAGAAGCCUCAAAUCGCGCUCGUUUAGAAACAGCUUUCGAAGUAGCAGAAGUAGAAUUAGGAAUAGCUAGAUUGCUUGAUCCUGAAGACGUCGACGUCCCACAACCUGACGAGAAGUCCAUAAUGACCUACGUCGCCCAAUUUCUGCACAAGUACCCCGAGCCAAAAUCAGCAGUCCACGAUUCUUUCUCCGCGAUCCAACAAGAAUACGAUUCGCUGCUCGCGUGGUUAGUGACUCAAACUCGCGGGUUAGAACAAAUGGACCGUACUCAUACUUUUUCUUCCAACUACUCCGACUAUAUAUCAGCCCGGGCUGAUGCAGAUGAGAAAUCCUUCACCUAUCGAAAACUGCAGAACCUGGUUGAUACAUCAAACAUGAUCACCAUAACUCACGAGUCCUGGAAACAAAUCCAGGGCCUGUGGAACAAGAUGGAGUACUUACUGAUGAAGUGGCUUUGGUUGUUGGACUCUUCUCUUCCUGGAGAAAUCGGCGAGGCUGGACGUUGGUUGGCUCUAGCAGAAGCGCUUCUUAGUUCCGACGAAGACAUCCCAGAAAAAAUGAACGAGCAGACUGCGGGGAUAAUUUCCAAUAAGUUAGAAGACCACAAGAAGUUUUUCGCAGAUUUACCCGAGCAGCUUGAAAAGUUCAACCGUGUGAAAGUUUCUUCUCUUGCUAAACAAAUUCCGCAUCCGCAGUUGGACAACAUGACAAUGCGAUUCGAUUCUUUGGGCGACCGAGCUGCAAAGCGCCGGAUAAAACUCAAGUUCCUGGAGCACAAAUGCUGUCUGAUUGCUUUUAUCUUUCUUGUAGAGACAAAACUCAAGACCUGGGGCGGUAAAUACGGGAGCGAGGAAGAGGUCAGUUCAAUGCUUGAACAGUACCGGAACUUUGUGUCUAGGAACAGAAUCUUCCAGGAAUUCCAGAAAGCUUACCUGGACAUGCAACAAGUGGCUGAAGAGUACAAGCGCGAAGGUGGAAUCGAGCGAGAAGAAAGCUUCAACAUCGACAAAUUCAUAAGAGAGACGAAUGAUAAGUGGAAAAACGUAUCGAUGGAUCUCCGCUGCGUCCAAAGCAUGCUUGAAGAAGUUAUGGCCUAUUGGCGUCGUUGGAACACCAUUGCUGACGACUUUUCCGAUUGGUUAACUCAGGCUGAAGUGGCAAUCACCUUUCCUGAUGAAGAAAAAAUGGAGUUCUUUCAGAAUAUCAGCGUGUGGAAGGACAAACACCAGCAGUUGUCUGAUACAGUCAGUUUUCUGAUUGCUACGACUACUGACGCGGUCGCUUUACAUCUCCGCGACAGAUACACGGAAUUGACCAACAGAUGGGAGAGAACUUUUGCAGAAGCUAAGCAGUAUAUGCACGCGGGAGAUCUGCUCAGAAAUCGGAAGGAUUACAGGACUGGAGUUGAAACGCUGCAGAAAUGGUUGAGAAAUGCUGAAAGUGUCUUAUCGACCUCACAAUUGACCUCUACGGAGAAGAUCAAGGCUUAUGGGGAGCAACUACAAGUUCUGAAUUCUGAGUUCGAGGGAAUUGAAGAGCUGUUCAAGAGCAUUAGCAAAAAGUUCCAGACUUUGAUUCAGGAUUUGCCGAGGGAUGAAGUUGAUAAGAUGAUGAACACUUUGAAGAAAGAGAAGGAGGCUUUGGUGAAAGUUAGGGCGUUAAUUCCGAUGCAGUUGCAUUUGUAUCAUCAAUUGCUGGUCCAGCAAGAGUCAUUGGAGGCGGGUCAGAGAGAGAUAAGUGGCUGGUUGGACGAGGCUGAAGCAGUUUUGAGGAGUUUUAACUUUUCAGGAGGUAGAGACGCGGUUCUGAAUCAAUUGGAGCGACACAAGGCAUUCUUUUCAAGGACUCUGUACUACAAAUCGAUGCUAGAGUCUAAGAACAAGGUCUUUUCUAGUAUUGUGAAGUCGGUAGACGCACAUGCGAACCCUGAAACAGCUGAGGGGGGAACUGAGUUGAGGAUGCUGAAUGAGAGGUUCAAUAGGGUUGUCCAGGCGGCACAGAUGUGCGAGCAGAGAUUGCAAGAAGCUGUGAGGUGCUGGACCAAGUUCAAAGAGUGCGAGAGACAGAUGAUUGAGUGGCUGACUUCUGCGGAGAAUUUGAUCAGUGAUAAGAGGAUUGAUAAUCGGCAAUCGGUGGACAAUCACAAGAGCUUCUUUAGCAAAGUUAAUGAGAGGCUGAUCCAGGAUUUGAUCAACGCGGGCCAGGAUUUGAGAAAUACCUUGCCGAAGGAACAGCAAGGGAAUAUUGCGGAGACGGUUGAUGCACUGCAACAGAGGUGGAAGGAUGUGAUGACGUUCGCGCCUUUGCAUUUGAUGAGGCUGGAGUUCAGGUUGGAUGAAGCGGCGUUUAUGCAGUAUCUCAAGGAGAUUGAAGCUGAGGUUAACAGCGAACAGCAGGCGUUGAUCAAGAAUGAGGAUGUCGAGAGCAUAAUUCAAAGGAACAAGGAGUUCUUUGUUAAUCAGGGCGUUGUUGUUAAUGUGGAAAGGUGCUUGCAGACUUUGAAGAAGAUCAGUUAUGCGUAUUCUCAGAUGAAGCCCAGUGAUUCCAGUCUUCAGGAGGCGGUCGCUCAUUGUGAACAACUUUGGGAAGAUUCUGCUCAGAGGGUUGAGAUCAUCAGGGAACAACUUAGACAAGUGCCUGAACAAUGGGCUGAAUAUAGAAAAAGGUAUGAUGAAAUGGUUCGAUGGAUGGAUCAGGUUGACAGCACCCUCAGGACAAUCUUAAAGGAAGUCAACAGCCUUGAAGAGUUUGAAAAAGAAAAGUCUCUUUUUCAGAAAGUGUGCCAUGAAGCUGACGGCAAAAGGGAGGCAAUGAAAUGGCUAGUGCAAACAUUGGACAGCCUUACCAGCAAUCGGUCAGAUCGCGAAGCAGUUACUGAGCAACACCAAUUAGAAAUGUUAAUCACGCGUUACAAAAAUUUGAUACCGACUAUUGAAAUCACGAUGACCAAAACUGAUAUUUACACAAAGAGUUACACCUACAGGAAAGAAGUUCGUGAAGUUUGUACACUUUUAAGGAAAGUUAAAGAGCAAAACAACGUUGAGUCUGUUAGUCAGGUUCCAGAAAACCUUAAAGAAGCGGUUGUGCAUCAAGAAACGCGUCUGAAUCACUUGGAACAGCAGAGAGCCAAUAUUGUAAGCAUGCUGCAGCGCGGGAAAGAUUUGCUGAAAGACCAACAUGCGCCUCCAUUUGUUUCCUCGGAAAUUCAGCAACUUGAGAGCAAUUGGAACGACACUUACGGUCAGAGUAUCGAAACUUUGAAGUCUCUGAAGACGUUCCAGAAAUUGUGGGAGAGUUACCAAGAGCAGAAGGAAGAAAUAGUUCAAUUGGUUAGUAGCGCUAAUGAAGAAAUGCAGAAAGUUAAGACUACAAUUUACUACGAGGCUAGUCAAGUAUCAUCAGAUUUGCGCGCAAAACAGGAAUUGAGUUAUAAUUUGAAAAAAUCCUCUGAAGAAAUGAUGACAAAGUUAAAGGAGACUGCUGAUGGUUUGACGGAAAUGAUGCCUAAUGAAAAGCGAUUGGUGAUUCACGAAGAAGUAAUUACGAUUGAAAAAACUUUGGUGAAAACUAUUGAGACGGUGGAGAAACGGGUGAUGUACUUGACUGAUCAUAGCAACAGAUGGUCGAAAUUCCAGUCAGAAGUCGCUGAAUUGAGAAACUGGGCUCAGCAAACCGCCCCGCAAGCGAUUGUCAACAUCCAGGACUUAUCUACGUCACCGGAAGAUCGGUUGAAGAAAACGGAAUCGCUGCAAAAGCAAAUCGUAGAGAAGAUCAUGGUCAUGGAGUCUUUAGAAAAGGAAUCAAAGCAGUUGGUUAAAGAUGACAAGGCCAAUGAAGCUAAGGCAUUGAGAGGGCAAAUCAGUGAUUUGAAGAAUGCGAUUGAUGGUUUGAACAAGGAUAUAGCAGGACAGCGUCAAGCAGCGACAGAAAACUUGGCGACUUGGAAGAAAUAUGAAGUAGGCAUUCAGAAAGUCAAACCUUGGGUUGAGCAAGCUGAGUCUCAAGUAGCUACUAUUGGUACCAAGCCUACAACUCUCAAGCAAGCUAUCGAAAUGCUUCAAUCAGCGCGAGGAUUUGAGAAGCAAUGUGAAGAAAAUUUGCCUAGAGUUCAAGAGCUUUCGCAUGUCAGCCAGCAAAUUGCAGGAAGAACUGCUGCUCCUGAUGAAGUUGAUGCAGUUUAUACCAGGUGGAAUGCAGUUCAUGAUGUGUCUAUUCAGACGGUCACCAAAUUGGACAAGCUGGUGUCCUCGUGGAAGUCCUUCGAAAGUGAAGCUGAGGAGUUCAAUCGCUGGUUGGAUCAAAGCGAACAAACUUGUGAAGCUGAACCAAAUUACCAGACUCCUGAAGCUAGCAAGCUGGAGCAGGAUUUGAACCAUCUUAAAGAGCUCAAUAAGGUCAUUUCUGAUCGACAAGCACAGUUGAUAUCAUUGACGCAAGUUUCUGAUCACAUUAGCCACGGUUUGUCGAUUGAAGGAGCUACACAGUUGAAGGGACGAGUCGCAGAAAUGAAAACUCGCGUUGGUCGAUUAGCUGAUACGGUAAGACAUCACAUCAACUUGGUAUCAGACGCUCUUUUAGCGAGACAAGAAUUCCAGAUGAAGAUUGCGGACUUUGAAAAUUGGAUGGCGAGAUUAAGGACUAGCAUUGCUGAAAUCAGCGAAGUUAAUGUUGGAGAUGUUGAUACUAAUCUUCAGGCAGUUCACGGUUUGCUUCAAGAACAUUUGGAGAAACAGCCCAACUUUUCGGCGAUUUAUGAAGAAGUCAAACAACUUGCAGCUCAAGGAUCACCUGAAGAAGCUAGAGCUCUCAAUGAAGUUUAUACGGCUCUAGCCCAGAAGUACAAGGCACUGGAAGACGAUUUGCAGCAACGGAAGAAAGGUUUGGAACGAUGGGGAGAGUUGUUGAACUGGUACAAUGAAACUAAUGCUCAGUUAGGACACACAAAGUACGAAUUGGAAGCGAGGAAACCUAAUAUUGCAGAAUUGGAGAAAUUGUCUAAUGAAUUGCAGACACUUUAUUCGAAAAUCGAAGCUUGGAAGGACCAAAUUCCGGUUGUUGAUAGUCUGAUGGGCAUUCAUAUGAGAGACAAACAGGAAAAGCCGCUCACUGCUUCGGGGCUUGUUCAUGAGCUUGAGUCUAAAGCAGUAACUUUGAAAACGGAAAUUUCCACUAAGCGGGAUAGACUUGAGAAUUUAGGAGCACGAUGGGACAAUUUCCGAAAGAUUCAGCAAAAGUUAACGGAAGAGAUUGUCUCUACACAGACUACGUUGCAACAAAUAACUGUUUCAAUGGACACAUGCGACAAAUUAGCACCCGCGGUAGAGCAAAUAGAUGAUUUGAUUGAAGAACACCAGAGAAGGGAGCCUGAUAAACUGCUGCUGCAUCGAGAAGGUGAUAGUUUGAUGAAAGAAGACGCGAAAGCUACUACUAAUGUUCAAGUUGUUGUUUCUUCAGUAGAUGCAAAUUGGGAGAAAGUUAAUGAGUUAUUGAAGGAACAGAGGAAAAAGUAUGCUGAAAUGGAUGCUGAUUGGCGUUGUUAUCAAGAAGCACGUGAAAAAUUGGUAAAGUUCAUGGAAGACUCGCAAACUUUGAGACAGUCAACGAAAGAAGUGCCUAAUGAUGUUACCCAAGCGAAUUUAGCACUCGAGAAACACAAAAGAGCUUCUGAGGUUUUAAAGAAAGGAAAACAGUUCUUGGAGAAGAUGGAUCAAAAAGCGCAGCAGUUGAUCAAAGAAGCUUCUCUGAUGCCCAAUUUCAAGGUAGAAGUUAUCGAAAAUGAUUUAUCCGGAAUUAGGAACCAGUAUCAGGAUAUCUAUGCGACUAUUGUGGAAAAAACGCAGUCCUAUGAGACUCAAGUCAUCAUUUGGAAGCAGAUUGAAGAGUCUAAGUAUGAUUUGACACGUUGGUUGAGCGAUACUAAUGAAGCUCUUACUUCAGCUUGUGAGAGAUUGACUGACGCUGAAAACGGUCAGGCUAGAUUAGCGAGAUAUCAGGAAGAACUGCCGUCGUAUCAACUCAUUCGUCAGACUAUCGCGACUAAAACGGAACAGCUGAUAAAAAUUAACCACAAUGCUAAAAUGCCUACUCUACAAUCGCUCAAUAAGCUUCUGGAUGAUCAAUUCAAGCUUGUAAAAGAGUCUGCCGAGAAGUUAGAGGCGCUUACAUCAGGUUUGAACGAGAAAGAAAAAGCUAUCAGGGUUAAUCUUAAGAAAUCAGGCGACCAAAUUUCGAAGAUCAGAGAGGAUGUCAUCAAAUGCGAUGAUUUGACGGGAGAAAAUACUAAAAUAUUGAGCAGAAUCAAGAAAUGUCAGGAACUACAAAAGGAAUUGGAAGCUUGCAAUAACAAUUUGGUUGCGAUUGGAGAGAAAAUCACCGAGGCUUCUAAAGUUUAUCCGGCGAUUGAGCGAUCAAGUUUGCCGAAAGAAUUGCAAUCAUUGCAGUUACGUCGCGAUGGAGUAUCAAAUCACGCUGAUAAGGUUACUGCUACUUUGGUAGCUUUCUUGACUAAAUUAUACCAUGAGAAGUUCACGGCUUUGCAGAGAAUGGUAGCGACACUGAAGGAAAAGGUCCAGUGGUGUGAACCUGAACAGAGCAGUGAUCGUUAUAAUUUAGAAGUGAAGAUGGCUUCACUUAUUGAUGUUGAAACGGGAAUCAAAGAUUGUGAGGCAAGGAAAAGUGAUACGGAUAAGUCACUUGCACUUUUGGAGACUGUAGAGAGCAAAGAAACGACAACUGCGUUGAAGGCUGAACGUGACAAAGUAGCGGACGAUUUGGUUGCGCUCAAAAAGAGCCAUGGAAAGAUCAAGAAUGUUUUGCAACAGAAUAUCGCGCUUUGGCAACGUUAUGAGUCUAUUUCGGAAGCUAUAAUGUCUUGGUUGAAGGAAACGGAAGCUAAAAUCCGAGGAGAAGGUUCAAUGCUAGUUGAAUUGGACAACGUUGAAGACAAAAUAGUUGAAGUUAAGAAUUAUCAGAAAACGGUGAACGAUUACGAUAAAGAAAUCAAAGCUUUAGCGAAAUUAGGUGAGGAUAUUUUGCAGGUUAGUCCUGAAUCGCGAGCUGCGCAGUACGUCAGUCAUUUAACGUCUCGGUAUGAAGCGAUACAAAAAUUCUUGUCCCAACAUCAUGAUCGAUUGGUAGAGCUCAAAGACGGAAGAGACCAUUACCGCGCUCUGGUGAGAGAACUCGAAAACUGGAUUGAUGAAGCCGAAAAGAAGUUGAAAAGCUUCGAUGAAAUCAGUGGUCCCAAAGCAAUGGCGUUCUACCAGUCGCGUUUGAAAGAGUUGAGUGCCUUUGGUGAGAGUCGGGAGAAAGGUCAAGCUAUUUUGAACAAAACUGCAGAAGCUGGAGAGGCUUUGUUCCCACGAACCACUCCUGAUCAAAGAGAAGCUAUUCGCGCUGAACUAAGAAAUCUUCGAAACCGAGUUGACGGCUUGGUCGAUCGGUCUAAUAUUAUCUACAAGAAGAUAGAGAAUGAUAUGAUGCACCGUUCUUCUUUUGAAGAUAAAUACACGCAGGUUAAACAGUGGUUGAUUGAUGCCCAAGCUAAGUUAGGAGAUAAGUUAGACUUACUGCCUACCUUGCAAGAGAAGAAAUUAGCGCUACAUUCUUACAAGACCAUUGCGCAAGACGUAAGUGCUCACAGAAAUAUUUUGCAGCAGCUUCAAGAUCGUUUAAGCGGAGUUUCUGAUGAUGAAGCUAGCGAAAUGUUGGCUUCUAUUAUUGAAGGCUAUGAUAAGUUAUCCAGCGACGUUGAAGAUAGAAUUGGAAUUGCGGAGAAGUACGUAGCAAAUCAUGAAGCUUAUGUUCAAACUUUAGACAGAACUCGUGAUUGGUUGAAUGCAAUUAUCAAUGAAGCUGCUCCAUUAUUAGAAGAUUUGGCUAUCGAACGAGAUUCUGCAAAGUCUAAAAUCACGCAGAUUGAAAAUGUGCUCCACCAAAAAACUCUCAAAAGUACUGAGGAAGCUAAGCAAGCGUAUUUGAUGAAAUUAAAGGGUUUGGAAGAGGAAAUCGCUGCCAAGGCGCCGGAAUUCAACGCUGCAGUAGAACAAGGUCAAAGUCACGCCGAAUCAGAAUUAGCAUCGAGAAUUUCUCGGCAAGCUACUAAGUAUCAAGCAAUUAAAAACCAAGCUCGCGAGGCGGUAGCGCGUUACGAGCAAUUUGUUAGAGAGCACAGUACUUUCAAUGAGAGAUACAAUCAGUUCUUGAAUUGGAUUAAGGGAGUUCAAGAGGAAUUGAACAAACACAAAGAAAUUGUUGGGGAUUUGGCACUGCUACAGACUCGACAGAAGAGUAUUCGUGACUUAGCGGACACUAGAACAAAAGAGAAUCCUAGAUUUGAGUCUGUUAUCGAUUUGGGUGAGAAACUUUACGUCCAUACAUCUCCAGAGGGCCGUGAAAUGGUGAGACAGCAAUUAAGAAACUUGAGAAGUCUUUGGGACGGCUUCACUGAAGGUCUGCAGUUAGCUACGCAGAAACUAGACCAAUGUCUCAUGCAAUUCGCUGAGUUUUCACUGUCCCAAGAACAAUUGACCGCGUGGUUGAGAAACGUUGAAAAGGACAUGCAUCAACACACUGAACUAAAGUCGACACUGGAAGAGAAACGAGCGCAGUUGCAAAACCAUCGAAUAAUGCACCAAGAAAUCAUGUCCCAUCAAACUUUAGUGGAGUCUGUCUGCGACAAAGCUCAAAAAUUGGUAGACCAGACUAAAGACACUUCGCUCAACGUAUACUUACAAUCAAUAAAGCAUCUCUUCCAGAAUAUCGUCGCUAAAUCUCAGGAUCUACUAGAGAAUCUAGAAGAAUGCGCUGAUGUGCAUAAUAAGUUUAACUUGCAGUGCAAAUACUUCGACGAUUGGCUAAAUGUUGAACGAGAAAAACUGCUGGAUUGCAAUGAUGUAACUGGAGAGCGUGCUGAUAUUUCAAGAAGAAUGGCUACACUGGCUGUUCUUAAGAACGGCCAAGCUCAAGGAUCAGAACAUUUGAAUAAACUUAAAGAAUUGUUAGAAGUAGUGAUCAAAAGUACUGCUACGAAGGGACAGGAGGCUAUUAAAAAGGAAGCAGAUACUUUGGAAUCAGCGUUGAAUCAACAUUUAACCGAAAUUGAAACUGUAGAAGCUAAGCAGAAUGCAGCUCUUCAAAAAUGGCAGGACUUUGAGGAUCAAUUGGACAAGCAUACUAAGUGGUUCCGUACUGUAGAAGCUGCCUUCCGUGAUCAACAGCUCCAAGCUACGUUGAAGGACAAGGAAGAACGAUUGCAGUUAUUUAAAAACAAACGCGAUAUCAUUCUGAAGAAAGAAAAAGAAAUUGAUGAAUUCGUUGAUAAAUCUCAUGGACUUUUGAAUGCCAGUGGAGUUGAAAGGAUCAAGCCUGCCAUUUCUCAGAUCAGCAAUCGGUACCAAUCUUUGGUUAUAUUGAGCAAGGAGGUGGUUGAUCGUUGUCGUGCUAUCGUUGACGAACACAAAGAGUUUGAAGAUAAACUGAAGGCUGUUGAUGUCUGGCUGACUCCAUUGGAGCAAAACUUGGCAGCGUUGAAAAAAGACGAACUGGGUGGAGACUUUGAAGCAAAGGGUUCGAGGUUGAAGAUGCUGUUGGCUGAACGAGAUCAAGCUACAAGUAGAUUAACAGCUCUGACUGCUGCCGGAGAGCGGAUUCUUCCUGCGACUUCGGCCCAAGGACGUGAAACUAUUCGGCAUGAACUAAGACACGCGAGGGAAAGAUGGGAUAACUUGACUGAAGGGAUUCUGGAACAGCAGAAGAAGCAGGACGCUCAGUCUCUUCAAUGGUCGAGUUAUCAGGAAACCUUGCAGCAUAUUUCAGCUUGGUUAGACAACAUGGAACGCGCUAUGAAGCAGGAUUCUGCUUCUUCUUCAACACACCAAGAAGUUCGCUCUAGGUUACUCAAGAGCAAGACUUUGCAUCAGGAAAUUUUGGCCCACAAAAGGAUUGUUGAAGCGAUUUCGGAGAAAGCUAAUGCUUUGACCCAAGCACCUACUGAUGUCAAAGAUGCUGUGUUGGCUGUUUCCAAGCGAUAUGAAGCUUUGGUUGAUGCCUCGCAAAAAGGAAUAGCUGGGUUGGAGAGAUUGUCAGAGAUCUUCCAACAGUUGCAUGAUCUUCAGAAGGCCUAUCAAGAUUACCAGAAGCAGCAGUGGGACAAAUUGGCUAAUUACAAUGAUUACACGGGUAAUAAGGCUGCUUUGCAGGCUAGGCUAGCUAAAGUUAUUGAGAUUCAAGACGAACAAACUGAGGGAGAAUUGAAACUUAAUGUUCUUGAGGAACAUGUCAAGCAAAAUAGUUGUAAUUUGCCUCCAAGAGCUCAAGAAGCUACUGAACGUGACCUUGCUAAUCUGAGGUUUGAAAGCAAAAAAUUUGCGACUGCAGUCAGUGACGUAAUUCGAACUCUCGAAGAAAGAAUCCAACAGUGGAGCGAAUACGAAAAUGCUCUGGAACGUCUUUUGGCCUGGCUGUCAGAAGCAGAAACGAUUUUGAAGAAUUAUACUCUGAAAAACACCAUAGAUGAGAAGCAAGAGCAGCUGGAAAAGUACCAGUCGCUGAUUAUCAAUCUGAGAAGCCAUGAAGCGGAGUUUGAUAAAAUGAGCGAUGAUUCUUCAGAAUUGAUCGAGACCAGCGGGGAAUCACGAUUCUCUGCCAAUAUUCAACAAGUGACAUCACGGUUCCAGUCUAUUCAAGCAACUGCUAAAGAGCUGGUGAAGAAAUGCGAGCAAGCAACCCAAGACCAUGGAGCAUACUUAGAACGUUACAAGCAAUGUACGGACUGGUUAACAGCCUCACAAUCGCAAUACCAAGGUUCAAGAGACAACACCAACGCUACUAAGCAAGAGUUGAUGACCAACGGAGACAGUUUGCGCGAAUUGCUAUCGCGAAUCACCGCAGGAACACUUUUAGUCAACAAUACAGUCGAGGCUGGAGAGCGCUUGUACCCAACAACUGGUUCAGAAGGCAGAGAAAUAAUCCGACAACAGCUUCUAGACCUCCAACAAGCUCUCGAGUCUCUAGUCGACGGAGUUUCUUCCACGGAACGCGACAUCCAGGUGAAAAUAUCCCGUUGGUUAGGAUUUGAUGACUCCAGUGGAAGUUUCGAGAAGUGGCUGUCGCAGAUGGAGAAGCGGAUAAAGUCAGAAUUGGAAUUGAAGACGACUUUGGAUGAAAAACGAAUCCAACUUCAACUGUACAGAGAUUCUUUGCAUGACAUCCAGAGCCACCAAGAAGAUCUUCUGGCUUUAAGAGAUAAAUCUGACAACUUACCCGAUAAAACCGAUAAGACUGACAAGAUUCUUACCGACCUAACAAAACGGUACUCAGCUAUUUUGAAACGCGUUCAAGGAUUCGUUGAGAAGUACGAAGCGAUUGUCAGCGAUCACCAGCAGUACAGCAAAGCUGUGUUAGAGACUCACGAAUGGUUGGACGCGACUCAUAACGCGGUUAGUCUUUGGGGUGAUACCGAUCUGGAACGUGUGUCGCUUCACACCAACAUCGAUCGUUUGAAAAAUCUUCUUCACACGCUACCCGAAGAUCAACCACGAAUUCAACAGAUAAGAGUUCUAGGCGAGAAAGUUAUUCCCGGGACUUUAGAAUCCGGACAGGUUAACAUAAGAUCGCAGAUUGACUCCUCACAGCAAGAGUGGGAGGGUUUGGUAUCGACGAUUAAAUCGACGAUCGAAGUAAUUGAAAAUAAAUUGCAACAGUGGCACGAAUUUGAAGCCUUGAAAGAGAAAUGCUUAGAUUGGAUUAGAGAUACUGACACUAAAUUGCACGCGGUUGAUCUGAAAUCUACUUUGCAGGAGAAGAAAGAGCAGCUGGAACAUUUGAGAGUUCUCCAGGGUGAAGUUCGGGCUAAGGAAUUGGAAAUCGAUGCAGUGACUGAACGAGCGCAACAAUUACACAAGAAUAUGACAUCUAGGACGUCCAAUAUUCCGGAGUUGGGUAUCAAGUACCAGCAGAUCUCCAGCAAAGUUAAGGAUUUGAACAACCGAUGGCAUCAGUAUGUAGCGAAUCAUCAAGAUUUCGAUAACAAUCUUGCAGCUUGUGUCAAUUGGCUGGAAGGAAUUCGUGAAAAGCUUGCUUAUUCUUCAGAUUUGAGUGCUUUGUCGCAGAAGGAUUUGGAAAGCAAGAUGGCGACGGUUCAGGAUUUGCUGCUGUACAAAGAAGAUGGGUUUUCAAAAAUUCAAGGAAUUGUUGAACUGGCUCAAACUGUCCUUGCAAACACGGCCCCGGCAGGUCAUCAAGCGAUCAAUGAAGCGGUAGUUCGUCUUCAGGAACAAUGGAGUGCUUUGACUACGCAAAUGUUGGAGACUAAGACCAAUCUUGAUGAUUCUAUCAACAAAUGGGCAGGAUUGUUGGAACAGAUUCAAACGAUCAACAAGACAGUGGAACUGAUGAAGAAUUCGCUGGCUGAAAUCCAGCCGUUCCAAUCGACGAUGACUGAGAAGAGAAAUCAGUUGGAAAGGAUCAAAGCUUUGGAGGAACGAGUUCGCUGUGAGAACAUUGAAGUUGACAAUUUAAAGUCGAAGUUUGCAGAGAUGGUUGCGAGUGGUCAGCAAGGAUUGGCAGCUUCUCAGGCUCAGGAUACUUUGAACAAGUUUGAUGAACUGUUCGAGAAGAUUAAGUCUUUGUUGGCAGAAAGAGAGGACCAGUAUAAGGACCACAAGAGGUAUAAGGAAGCGCAUGAUGAUUUGAUUGCAUGGCUAAGUCGCGCGAGGGAGAAAAUUCCUUCGAUGAAACAACGAACGCUGAGCGACAAACUGGCUGUUGAGAAUGCUGUUGCGCCUUUGGAGAGCUUGCUGAACAAAAAAGCGCAGGGAGAACUGUUGGUGGAACAUUUGCAGCAUACUGGAGAGGUUGUUUGCGCGAGUACUAGUCCUCAGGGUGGAGAAGUGAUUCGCAAUGAAAUUCGUGCGUUGAAAGAGAGCUUUGAUAGUUUGUUCAAAGAAGUAAAGGUGCAGAAAGAAAUAUUGGAGAGUACAAUCAGUCAGUGGAGGGAUUACAAGGAUGAGUAUGAGAGGCUGAGUGACUGGUUACAGCAGUUUGAUAUCUUGAUAAAGGCGCAGAAGAACGCGUUAUUGCCUAACGUCGUGGAGAAGGAAAAGCAAGUUAAAGAAGUGAGAGAUAUUCUUGAAAAUUUGGAAAAAGGCCAGGAACAGAUUGAUAAGUUCAACAAAUCAGCUUCGGUUUUGCUUUCCUCGCACCUAGAUACGUACAUAAACAACCAACUACGUCACCUUAAUUCGCGGUAUCAAGUCCAGGUGAAUUUGGCGAAAGAUGUAUUGAACAAGGUGGAAACUAAUUUGUCGCAACACCAAGAAUACGAACGGAACUUAGACAAGACUAAAGCCUGGAUCGACAAUGCUAAGCAGAUAAUCCGUCAAGGAACAGAAGCUGCUUCCUCGAGUAGUCGGGAAGAAUUACAGGAGCGAUUGGAUAAGAUUCAGGAUCUGCUUAAGAAGUUGGAAGAAGGUCAGAAUCUUGUCCAUUUGACAGUCAAUUGCGGAGAAAAGGUUGCUAGAAACACGCGAUCUGACGGAAGAGAAGAGAUCAAUAAUCAGUUGAAGGAGAUUCAGAAUGACUGGGAAAGGUUGGUUAAGAAGAUUUCGACUACCAAGGUCCACUUGGAAACUAGUUUGCUCCAAUGGGCUGAUUACAGCUCCUCGUACUCACAAUUGCAGCAGUGGAUCAAUGACCGUGAAGCCAAGUUACAACAAGUAUGUGAGCAGAAGGUUUCCAAGGCCAAAAAAGGACUCGCGGGAUUGAAUUCACUGGCAAUUGGUGAGCGUAAGGCUAAUUUGAGACAAACUAAUAGUAUUAUGCAGGACAUUGUUGCUUUUGAACCGAUGAUUCAAUCGGUGACGACUAAAGCGGAAGAUUUGCAGCAAGCAACGCCUGCUACUGAAAUUUCUAUAAAGUAUGAAACGUUAAGCAAGCAGGCGCAAGAACUGUAUGCGAAGCAAAAGGAGACUGUUGAACAGCAUCAAGCUUUCAUUGACAGUGGUUCUGAGUUUGUUCAGUGGAUCAGAGUUGCUAAGGAAAGAUUAGGCAAGUGUUCAGAGCCUACUGGUGAUAAAGAAUCGUUGGCUAGCAAAAUAACGCAACUGAAGGUGCUGCAAAGUGAACUACCGGAGGGCCAGCAGAAGUUGGAGAAGGCUCUAGAGCGAGGUAAUGCUGCUUGUCAGAUUGCAGAUGCUGAAGAUAAGGAAAUCAUUGAAGAAGACGUCGCUAUGUUGCAAGAGGAGUAUGAUAAUUAUGUGGAUUCUUUGAAUAAUACGAAGAGUUUGUUGGAAGUAGGCAUUGUUAAGUGGACAGAAUAUGAAGACCAGUAUUCUGAGGCGACGGAGUGGCUAAAUCAAACUGAACAGCUAGUUCAAACGUUCAACAAGCUUCAGGACAGUUUGGAGGAGAAGAAGAAUGUGCUAGAGAGGUUCCAAGUUCAUCUGCAAACUCUCUUCGACUGGCAGAAGGAACUAGAUCGACUUAAUAUGAAAGCGCAAAUGCUGUUGGAAACGUGUGCAGACACCAGGAUUUCAAAUCAGGUUACGCAAUUGACUACCAAGUACAAUGCGUUGCUGUCUUUAGCGAAGGAAAUAAUGAGGAGGUUAGAAUUGCAUUAUCAGGAACAUCAGCAGCAUAAUACUCUGUAUCAAGAGUGUCAAGACUGGAUUGACAGGACUAGAGAAAAGUUGGGCGAGUGCAAAGAUGUGACUGCGACCUUGACAGAGGUCAAUAAUAAGUUAAGCAUGUGCAAAGCGAUUAGACAGACACUAGAGCAGGGCCAGAAUAAAUUGAGAUACGCGUUAGAGUUGAAAGAACGCGUUAUCAUGAACACUGAACAGAACGGUGCUGCGAAAAUUCAAGAAGAUACGGCGAAUCUUAAAGCAGAGUUUGACAAGCUGAUGGUUGAUGUCGAAGAUGCGAGACAGAAAUUGUCGACAAGAGCUAGUUCGCUUGAAGAGUUGGGCAAGUUAUACCGCAUGAUCACGGACUGGAUCGAAGAAAUUGAUGUGAAGAUCAGGCCAGAUGAGACUUACAGGAAUGACUUGAGCGAGAAAAGGAUACUUUUGGAGAAGUACCGGACUGCACAAAGAGAUAUUCAAGGUCAUAGUGAUACUAUUGAUAGAUUGAAGUCGCGAUUGAAUGAAGAUUCCACAAUUCCGCGAGAACCUUAUGAAGGUACGAUCGCGAAAUACGAUGAAUUGAGAAGACUAGUCGCUGAAAAGAUCAACAAUCUAGAGGAUCAGGUUAGGGAGCAUGAAAGGUUCCAACAAGCCCAGAAUGAAGCUGCAGAUUGGGUUAGAAGAACUAAAGUUGAAGUACAGCAGUACAGCAUGACGCAGGGUGAAAGACCUAAGAUUGUAGAACGCGAGAAGAAGAUCAGCGAAAUUGUUGAUUCAAUGCCGAAAGGUGAAGCUCUCAUUUCCAAAGUUAUGGACAUCAGUGAAGCGGUUAUCUCUUCUACGGGACCAGAAGGACAAGACGCUAUUCGCCAGGAAGUGAAACAGCUACAACUAGACUGGAAAUUUCUGCAGACUCAGUGUCAAGAUUCCCAAAAAACGCUCGCUAAUUGUAUUACCAUGUGGUCCCAGUUCACUAGCGCGAUGGAGAGCAUGAAAAAUUGGCUGGACCUGUUCCAGAAGAAGGUCGAGAAGAACUUAUCCGACCACACGGAGUUUUUGAAAGCGCGAAAGGAGAUGGAAGAGUGGCUCCAAACUGCUCACGGGUCGAUCCAAGAUUGUGUAGGUGUUGGAGACGUGACUUGGGCGAGAGAUAAGUUAGAAACAACCAGGCUAGUUGCUACGAGGAUCACUGAAGGCCAACAUCUGCUUUCAACUUUGAAGAAUGCGUUUGCGAAGGCGAUUAAUACCGCGUUGCCAGAACAGCAAGAGCAGUUGAGAACUGACAUGGCUACGUUGACGUCCAAUUGGGAGCAGCUGAACAUGGACUUGAACACAGUACAGGCCCAAGUUAAGGCUACUCUAACCCGGUGGGAAGACCACGCAGAGGUUUACGAAAGGCUGAAGAAGUGGUUGGGUGAUACUGAAAAGAUUUUGGAGACUUUGCCGGAUACCAAAGGCGAAAUUGGUGAGAUGAAAACGUUGUCUGAAAGAUACAGACACAUUCAAGAUGAAGUAAAAGCGAAGAAGGUUGAAUUGGACCAACUGUUGGAGGAGUCUACUGAAUUGUCCACGUGGGCGAAGAACAACAAGACUCAGGAUCAAGCUAAUGAUCUUCUGAGUCGCUGGAAGGCCCUGGGUCUGUUGGUGGAUGAGCAGAAGCGGCUUGUAGAAAAUGAGAUGGAUGAAUACACGAUGUAUCACACAGCUUUGCAGGAAACGGAAAAAUGGUUACUUCAAGUGUCAUUCCAAUUGAUGGCGCACAAUUCGAGAUACAUUACCAGUAAGGAGCAAACGCUUGAACAAAUCAAAGCUCAUGACGCUCUAUUGGAGGACAUUCGCAAUUACCAGCAUGAUUUAGACGAUCUCAAAGACAAAGGACAGCAUCAAAUUGAUCGGUACUUAUCAGCCAAUCCUAAUAUUAAGACUACGAUUGAAACUCAACUGCAAAACGUCCAGGAAAGUUACAAUUCGCUGCUUAAUACUGCAAUUCAGAUCAAGAAUAGGUUGGAUGAGUCCUUGGCUAAGUUUGCGGAGUAUGAGAGAACUCUAGAAAGUAUCAUGAAGAAUUUGGACACAUAUGAACCGGAAAUUGUGAGAGAAUUAGAGGCUCCGUUAGACACUUUGGAGUCGGCUGAAAAAAGUCUUGAAAGCGCUAGGUUGCUGCACAAUAAAUUGCAGGCAGAAAAAACGAGGUUGGCCGUUGCUGUUGAAGCUUGUGAAGCUGCGGCUGCUUGUGUUUCUAGACCUGGAAGUCCUUUAGAUGCACCGGCUAUUCAGAUUCCUUCUAGGGAAGUCGAAGUGAGGACCAGAUUGGAAGAUUUGAUUGAUCAGAAAGAUAACCGAGACACUGGAGACAGGCUGAAAGCAUUGUUUCGUGUCAUUGAAGAAAAAGGCUUCUUAGUGAAACUUAAUCAAAUGUGCGAGAAGAUGCAAGCACACUUGGCGAACGUCACGAAAUCCGUUGGCGAACUAGAGGAACAAAUGCACCAGAAAAACGACUUGAAAUCCUGGAUCAACCAACAGCGCGCUCUGUGUGCCGAGUGGAAAUCACGACCAGCAAAAUUACGCGCGGAAGCAGCGCAGGCUGAGCUCCAAGCAAUGAACGAACUCUUAGGAAGUAUCGGAGAAAGAAGAUCUCGAGCCAUGAUAGAAUUGUCUCUUCGUCCGGAAGAUAACAUCGAGGAAGGCCUUGAUAAGCUGGAGAACGAAUUGACAGAAGCUAUUGCUGACAAACAAGCGACUCAAGAACUGAUCCAAAAGUACCGCGCUCAGGUGCAGGAUAUCCAAAGUUGGUUCGACGGGUUGUCCAAGAAAGUUGAUGUCAUCGAAAAGGGCAACGGGUUGACCAUAGGUCAGAAGAUUUCAGCAGUCAAGACCAUUAUCUCGGACUUUGAGACUCAAGGACCCGGUAGACUUGAUGAAGUCAAAAAACUAGGCGAUCAAGUGAUGGACAGUGUCAGCAACUUGGAUUCCCAACAAAUUGAAGAGCAGAUAAAGUCCGUGGACCGUAGAUACGCUGAUGUCAACAAGAAGUUGGUGAGAAAGAGCCAGGUGCUGGAUAUGACUGCCCAAGGCAUUGAAGCCACUCGCAAAGAGAUUGAAGACAACCGCGAGUGGAUCAGUCUCAAAAAACAGCAAGCGAGAACCACAGAACCUCUUGGUUUUGAGUGCAAGCCCGCUGAUGAUCGGGUUCUAGCCUUGAAAGCGAUGCUCAAGGAAGCCGAAAACAAACAAGUUAUCGUUGAUACUCUUGAAAAACGAGUUGGAAACAUGCAGAACGAGCUGGAAGCCAGUGAGCAGCAAGAAUUAGAAUCAAAUGCGCGAGCUUUAAGGACAGAACAGGUCGAACUUUGCUCGAUUUUGAGGGAAGAAAUCUCCGGAGCCUCCGCUGCAGCAGAUGCCAGACACAAACUGGAGACAGAUUUUGAACGAGCGCGUCUCUGGAUAAAGUCGAAGCACAACGACCUCAAGAAACUAAGCGGUUAUUUGCCGCUAAGAUCCACGAAAGUAGAGGAGGACAUUGUUCAUCAUAACGAGAUUGAGGGUGACAUUAAUUCCUUCAACGAAAGCACUCUGAAAGACGUGUUGAAGCAGGCUAACACUUUGAUGCGUGAUUGCAAUGAAGAUGAUCGUGGAAAUCUCCAAGCUUUGUUGGAUAACUUGAAUGAAGACUACGACGCGUUGAAGAAAGAAGCUGCUGAAAAACAGGCUUCAUUGGCGGACUUGUUGCAAGGUCGCAAAGCCUUUGAGAGUGAAAUAGAUAGGUGUCAAAGGUGGAUCAAGGAGGCGGAGACCGCUACUUCGUCGGAUGUGAGAACUUCAAGUGUAGAUGUGCUGAGAGAGCAGCUUGCGAAAUAUGAUAGGCUGAAGCAAGAAGCCAAGGCGUUUGGAGAGGACGUUGAGAAGAUAAUGCAACAAGGGAAAUCUAUUUUACCAACGGUGAGCGACGCAGAUAAGCUGGAAUUGAGCGAUCAAUUGAAGAGUAUGAAGGAUGCUCACAAUAGAGUCGCUGGAGUGAUUAAUGAACGGGCUUCUGCACUUCACAAAAGCAUCGCUGAGGCGGAAGAAGCUGCUGCGAGGGUCGCCGAAGCAGUUCAAUUUAUGUCUGAUAUCCAGAAGGAGCUUAAUAACUUGAACAAACCAAUUGGUUCGAAGGUCGAAGAUGUCGAAGGAAUGUUAGCAGCUUAUGAAAAAAUUCUUGGUGAUUUGAAGGCGAACAAAGCCAAGCUUUCUGAUCUGCAAUCGGCUAAUAUUGGGGAUCUCCAUGGAGUGAUUGGUCAGCAAGAUGACUUGAUUAGGGCGCUAGAGGCGCAAAUCGCGAGGUUGAGACAGUUGCUUUUGCUUCGACAGCAAUUUAUUGCGUUGAUUACGGAGAUAAUGUCGUUUAUUGCGAAGUAUAAUGAGAUUGUGAGGGAUAUUGAGAAGCAGGACCAGACUACCGAGGAGAAGAUAAAGCGAUACGAUGAUGUUAUCUCGAAGAUUCAGGAGUGUGAGGCUACUUUGGCGAGUGCUAAUGACAAAGGCCAGCAAAUCGCAGCAGAUGGAUCUUCAGCGGACAAGAAUAAUGUUACGGAACAACUUCAGUCGUUGAAGCAGCAGCUUCAGGGGCUGAGACGAGCUGUGGAAAUGCAGCGAGAACAGCAUGAACUGGCAGCUGCUGAACAUAAGCGAUUGGCAGAAGAGCUGGCGGAGAUUCUGGAUUGGUUGGAGAACAAAGAGAAGGAAGUUAAGUCCAGGCCGCUUCUAGAUCGCGCUGUUGAGAGUGUAGAAAGUGAAAUUCAGAAGCAUAGAUUGCUUUGUGGCUUGGUUAAUGAGUAUCUGGAUAGAAUUAGGCAAUUGAAAGAGUCAGUCAAGCACGAAGAAGGCAUGCCUGGAUCGCUCAAAGAGAUGCUGAGUGAAGCGGUGUCUUUGUUGGCGUCUUUGCCGAGGGAAAUGGAGGACAGGGAGGCUUAUUUGGACUCAAACUUGCAAAUGAGGCUGAACUACGGACAGUUGGCUGAUAAAUUCCACAAAUGGGUUCGUGAAGCUGAGAUCCGGCUGCAGAGCGACAAAGACGGGCUUGAUUUUGAGAAUAUCCUCAGCGAUUUGGAAGAACACAAAAUCUACUUCAGUUCUGAAGCUUCUAUUCGCGAAUUAGUGUCUCAGCAGAUCCAGCAAGCGGCUGACAAAGUUUGGCCGUCGUUGAAUAGCGCAGAACAGGAGGAACUUAGUCUUGAACAACAGCAACAUUUGCAGUUACUGAAGAACACUUUGAAUACCGCUAAGUCUUAUCGCGCGAGAUUGGAACAAGGCGCAGAUACGUGGCGUGACUACACACAGACUUUGGAGAGAGUUAAGGCGGUAAUUGCUCGUUCGCGGUUUACUGACGAGCCUGUUACCACCCUCGCGGGCUUGCAGUUCAAUAUCCAGAAGCUGACUCACGCGCUAAAUGAUAUUCAAAACCAGCAGUUUGAAUUGGAUCUUCUCAAUGAAAGAGGCCAGGAGAUUUUGAGCUCCGCAGAUGCUAACAAUAAGCAGAGUAUUAAAGCUCAUUUAGAGGAAACUAGUGCGCAGUGGAAGGAGCUCGUUGCUGGGUUAGAAGGUCGAAGGGGAGCUUUAGAAGCGCUUUCUAAGCAUUGGGAAGAUCUUGAGGCCAGGCUCAAUCACACUGAGACGAAGCUCAAUGCCAUUGAGGAGAGGAGCAAACUUGUUGACUGCAUUGUCAGGUCGAAACAUCACAUCAAAGAUACCAUCAAAUCACUCAAUGAGCUGGUUACGGAGGCGGAAAAGUUAAUCCCCGUGACCGAGGAAGUCAGAGAACUUGCAAGACCAGUGAUUGAAUAUCUGUCAGCAUUCACAGAAGCCUCGGCACGUGGUCUCGAAGACCGGCUUGAUAAGCUCCACACCACUGCGGAAAGGCUCGUGAGUUCACUUGACACAAAAUCAAAAAAAGCGCGUGAAGACCUUGAUUUGCUGAAAGCAGACGAGCAAGAAAUAAAACGGCUGCAAGACAAACUCGAGAAAAUCAACGAGGAGAUUAAAAUUUUGUACGUAUUCGGCAUCGACCAGCAGGCAAUUGAAGAUUCACUAAUAAAGCAGCGAGAGGAGCUGCUGGGGUUAAUCGAGGAGAUAAAACAACUAUCUGGUAACACUAAGGCGCGGUACCAGGCGAGCCAGCAGCUGGUACCCAGUGACCUCGCACAGAAAUUGGCUUCUCUGGAGCUGAGUGCCGAGGGCGCAGUACAAGCCAUGGAAGAGAAGCAACGUGAGCAGAAGCGUGCCAGGACAAUCCGCACCGACUAUCUGGCAGACGUCGACGAGCUCCAGGCCUGGAUUCGUCAAGCCGAACUCAAGGUCCAGGACAGGUCCGUCGAGCCGCUCAAAUUACGGGAAUUUUUACGACUUAUUCAGACGGAGCUCACUCCGAUCACUGACAAAUGCGAGCGAAUGACCAAAAACGGACGCACGAUUAUCGAAAAUACCCGCGAUGAAAACGAAAAAGAAUUAAUUGGCAAAACCAUCGCCAACUUGACCGAGCAGCUGGCCCAAGUCAAAUCCUGGCUCGAGGAAAAGAAGCAACAGGUUGGCGACUCUCUCGACGCUUGGCAGAGGUUCCUUGUUCUUUACGAGUCUGUCAAAGCUUGGACUGAGGAAAAGAGACUUUUCUUGAAAGAACCUCUUAAACUUAGCACGCUUGUUCAGACUCGGCAAAGGUUACAUGAUUACUCGACGGCUGUUAAAAGUUGUAAGCAAGUAAACAAGAAUUUAAGUGACAUGGGGAAAGAACUGGAAGUUAUUGGUCAAUUCACAAGCGUAGGUGACCUGCCGGAAAAACUUGCACAGGCCGAAGAGGCCAAGGUUGAAGUUGAAGGUCAAUUAUUAGAAAGGAACGCAUUACUACAAGAAGCGAGCGAAGAAUGGGAACAGUGUGAGAAAAAGUUCAAAGACGUGAAAACAUUCUUAGAAAAAGCGAAACAGAGUUUAGAAUCUGCGCAAAAUAAAAAGAAACCCCUCCGAGAUCAGCACGCGAUUAGGGAGAAAAUGGUGAGCGAUAUCGCGAUACAGAAAACAAAGAUAUCGUUCUCCGUGGAAAAACUUCAGGUACACUUUAAGACUGGAAUCGGCGGCGACAACAAAAUCGCGGAAACCGCCGAUGAAAUGAUUAAUGAACUUAAUCUCCUAAACGACACUGUAAAAGAGCAAACGGCGUCUCUGGAGGCCUGUCUCACCCAAAUAGAUCAAUACCAACAGGAAAUACAACAAUUAAGACACCAAAUAAUUCAAGUAGAACAGCAAUUGCGCUCGGCUUUAAGCCCGACUUAUUUACCGAACGAUCGUGAAAGAGCUAUGCAAGAGCAACAGGCCUUGCAGACACAAAUGGAGUCUUGGCGUCAACGAACGAGGCUGUUGGUGGACGAGAUUCACAAAAUCGACCCGUACUACUCAUUUCCAAGUGAGCUUACUCCUCGAGUAACAGGACUUGCUUCUUACGCAGACAUUGCAGCAAGGCGAAUGAGUCCUAGUUCAAGAGAUUCUAGCCCCUAUCGCGCGCAGCAGGAGUUCGUGAGUGUUCAAACUCACCAAAUUCAUCGGCCACAGGUGAUUCGUCCUCAAGUACCUCAACAAGUACCUCAAAUACCUCAAAUACCUCAAGUAAGUCUACCUCAGAUUAGUGAGCCAGAAGAAGAAAAGGUGGAGAGAGACAGCAAGAAGAAACGUCGAGGACGAUCUCCUACCAGGAACAAUCGCAACCAAAAAGUUCCCGAGAUGAAGGUGGCUAACAAGGAAGUUGUGCAAGAACAUGUUCAAACCAGGGAACACAUUUCGGCAAAUCUUGCUCCGAAGGACACACGGAGAAGAUCACCUAGUCCGAUUUGGAUUCCUGGGUCUACUUCCUACGCAGAUAUCCUCAGAAAAGCUCAAGGACCUGGUUCUUAUACUACAGACUCGGAACAUGAGUACGGAAUGACCACCCUGACGAAAGAAAGGAGGGUAAGCGUUGGUUCUUCUGGAAAAUCAAUGGAGGACAUCAGGGUUGAAAAACCAGUUGAUCAUGUGAGUCAAGAUCAAAAUUUGCAGGAACGAUGGUCGCAAAAUAACACUUUGAAUCAGUAUUCGAUUCCGUCGAAUCAAAUGCAAGCGGAAAUUUACGAGUACAAUGCUGCGAUGCCUGAUGUCGUUGAUAUUGGAAUCGGAGUUAGCUUCUUCAACCCUGGACUGGGUUAUCCAAUUGGAUCCUACGUUUAUCCGGCGGGACAACAACAAAUGGAAGUGGCUUUGAAUCCUUACGACCCUCAUAUCGGGUACGCCGAACAUUAUGUCACUCAGCAGAAUUACAUGACCGCUGGCAGCCCUGAUAUUUAUUCACAGACUCACAUUCAGUGCCCACAAAGUGAAAUGAUUUAUUAUAAUUCGGAAAUUUUUGGCGAGGGUCAGGUUUGCCAGAGCCAAGUGCAAGAUCAUGUGAGUGUCGUUGAUAGUGCAGUGAGCUUGCCAACUGUUAAUGAGACAAUUGAUCGGAUUGAGAGUGUGGAAGUUAGAGAUGAGGAGAAGAUUGAGGACAGGGAGGUCGAACAGGUUACUGAAGCUAGAGGCUCUGGUAUUUCUUAUGCUAAGAUUUUGUCUCAAGGUUUGCCCGAACGGACUCCUUCGCCGGUGAAAUUGGCUGAAGAGACGCUGGUUCAUGAAAUUUCUAAGCCAGUUAAAUUUUUGAGGAAAAUUGAGAGCGAGCCAGAUGAUCGGGAGGAUAAGAAGGGGAGAGAUAAUAGGAACUGGGGGACGAUUAAGAAAUCAAAGAAGAAGGGAAUGGAGGAGAAGAAGGUUGAAAAGGUGAAGGAGGGUACUAAGAAAGUGAAAAAGGGGGAUCAAGUUGGGAAGGUUCAAGAGAAAAUUGGUGAAGUUUGUCAGGUGGUUGAGAGUAAAAAGGAGAAAAUUGAUGACAAAGUGCCGAUUAAAGAAGAUAAAGUGCAGGAAGAUGAUGAUAAGUUGACGAAGGAAGAUGAAAAAGACAAGAAACGAAAGAAUAAGAAGAAGAAAGAUAAGUCUAGGGAGGAUGAAAUUGAUAAAGCUCUUAAAGAAAUUGCGAAUCUAGAUAAGCAGAAAGUUAAAGAUAAAGUGAAGGAGAAAGAACCAAAGCCUAAAGAAAUUGAGAAGAAGGGUAAGGAAGAAGAAAAAGUGGAGAAAAAUGGUGUUGAACAUGAGGAAAUUGUUAAAGAAAUUAGUAAUGGAAAAGUUGAAGAGAAAAAGGCUAAAGGUAAGAAAAAUAAAGACAAGGUUUUGGUUGAUGAAAAAGUUAAACAUGACGAGGAAAAAGUAGAAUUUAAUUUGAUUGAAGUAAAGGUUGAAGAAAAAGAUGCUAAAGUUUUAGAAGAGAAGGAGGGUAAAAGUAAAAAACAGAAGAAGAAAAAGGAUAAGCAGGUUGAAAGUGAGAAAGUUAAAGAAGAAGUGAUAAUCAAAUCGGUUGAAGAAGGAAAAGAGAAGGUUAAAGAAGAAGAGAAGGCUUCUGGAGAUAAAUUGGUCCACGAAUUAAAGCAAAAACCGAAGGAUGAUAAAUCGAUUGAAGAAGUUAAGAAAGAUGAAAUAAAUAAGGUUACUGAUGAAAAAGUAAAUAAUUCGGGGCCUUUGACGAAGCAAAAGAAGAAAAAAGGUGAUAAGUCGCAACCUAAGGUCGAUAAGGUUGAUUCCAAGGAUUCUGAUGUGAAAUCAUUGCCUGUAGAAAUGACAAAGAAUCAAAAACCUCAAAAUAAAGCUGAAAAACAAAAAUCUACAGAGUCGUCAGAUAAACCAGCAUCUGUAGAGAUAAAAUCAGAGAAAGCGGAAGUUAAGCUCGAGAGAACGAAGUCUACUGAGUCUUCAGAUAAGCCAGUAGCUGUAGAAACAAAAUCAGAAAAAGGGAAAGAACAAAUUGAAAAAUCAAAGUCUAGAGAGUCUUUGGAUAAGUCACAACCUAAAGUUGAAAAAGAUUCUAAGGAUUCUGACAAAAAGUUGGUAAAAGAAACCAAAAAAGAGACGAGUAAUAAAGGGGAAGCCAAGGUUGUAAAACCAGAGAUGGGUUCUAAGAAAGAGUCUGAUGUAAUAAAGCAAGAAGAAGUGGUGAAGGUAGAUGUUCAGAACAAACAUGAAGGAGAAAUGAAGGUUUUGGAAAAAACCACGGUUCAAUCGGUGGUUGAGACUAAGCAGAAGAAGAAAAAAGGUGAUAAGCCGCAACCUAAAAUUGAUUCCAAAGAUUCUGAUGUAAAAUCAAUGCCUGUAGAAAUGACAAAGGAUCAAAAACCUCAAGUUGAAGUUGAGAAACAAAAGUCUACAGAGUCGUCAAAUAAACCAUCAUCUGUAGAGACAAAAUCAGAGAAAGCGGAAGUUAAGCUUGAGAAAAUGAAGUCUACUGAAUCUUCAGAUAAGCCAGUAGCUGUAGAAACAAAAUCUGAAAAAGGAAAAGAACAGAUUGAAAAACCAAAGUCUAGAGAGUCUUUGGACAAGUCACAACCUAAAGUUGAAAAAGAUUCUAAGGAUUCUGACAAAAAGUCGUUAGAAGAAACUAAAAAAGAAACGAAUGAUAAAGAAGAAGCCAAGGUUGGAAAACCAGAAAUGAGUUCUAAGAAAGAGUCUGAUGUAAUAAAGCAAGAAGAAGUGGUGAAGGUAGAUGUUCAGAAAAAACAUGAAGGAGAAAUGAAGGUUUUGGAAAAAACCACGGUUCAAUCGGUGGUUGAGACUAAGCAGAAGAAGAAAAAAGGUGAUAAGUCGCAACCUAAAAUUGAUUCCAAAGAUUCUGAUUCUAAAAACGAAGCAGUAGUAGUAGUUGAAACUACUACUAGAAAAGAAAAAACAAAAGAUGAUAAGAACAAACCUAAGGAUGAUAAGCAAAAAUCAACAGAAGCUACAGACAAACCACUACAUGGAGAAAUGAAACAGGAUAAGGUAAAAGAUGAAAAGGUAGAAACGAAAACUGAAAAAUCAGAAUCAGUUGAACUUCCAAAGAAGACAAUUACGGAAGUAAAAGAUAAAUCACAAACUAAAAUUGAUAAAGUAGAACCAAAAGUCGAAGAAAAGCCAUCCAAGUUAUCGGCUGCAGAGAAGAAACAAGACAAACCAAAAGACAGUGGAGCUAAAAUUGAUAAAGCAGACUCAAAAGCUCUGGAGGACAAAUCAGCAAAGUCACCAGCAGAAAUAAAACCAGAAAUCAAAGACACUAAAUCACCGAUUGACAUGUCUAAUCUAGAAACUAAAAAAUCGGAGCAAAAAGUAGAAUUAGUGGUCAAAGAAUCGGAGCCUAAAGAUAUCAGUCAGAAAAUUCAAGUUCAAAAAACUGAAACUGAAUCAAAAGUUUCUGACGGAAAAAUUCAAGUCGAAUCGUCUAAAAAGUCUAAGCAGAAAAAGAAGACAAAAGAAAUUGUUGAUACUGUCGAUAAAUCUAAAGCUUCUGUGGAAAUAAUUCAAGCAUCUAAAGAAGAGAAAGUAGAACAAAUAGAUGAAGUUAAAUCAAAGGUUUCCGCCGAAAGCAAAUCAACUAAUGAACCAAAACAAUCAGAAAAAUUGAAGGAUGUCAAACAAAAACAAACUGAGAAGAUAGAAUCAAAAGCUAUUGAUACCAAACCUGAACCGACUAAAGAAAUUAAAGAUUCUUCUGUUAAAGAAUCACCAGAAUCAAUUAAAGAUACUAAAGAGAAGCAACCUGAUAAAAUAGAACCGAUUCCUACUGCUCCAAAACCUGAGCCAAUCAAAGAAAGUACAUCUGUUCAACAAACACCCGAAUCACUUAAAGAUACCAAGCUAAAAAUAAAAGACUCUCCUGCUAAGCAAUCUCUUGAAUUUCCGAAAGUCACGAAGCCGAAAGAAACAAAACUGAAAAACAAGGCUAAAAAUCAACCACAAGAGCAAGUUGUCGUAGAAAAAAUAGCUCCGACUUAUGUAGUAGAGACUAAAGAAAUAAAAAGUGAUCGUAAAACAAAUAUUGAGCCAUUAAAAGAAUCUAGGAUACGCGUAGGCGAAACUAAACACUCUAAUGGCCACACAGAAGCUAAGAAGGAAGUGAAAUGCGACACUAGAGUUAAAUCCGAAGAACAAACUGUGUCACAGACAGCAAGUUCCAUCUCCCAGAUGGAUGAAUCGGUGAUUCAAAGUUCUGAAAAUUUAAAAGACAAGGCUUUGAUCACUGAAAAAACUGUGACAACUGUUACAACUUCUGAAGUACUUUUGUCGACAGUUGGAUCAGAAAUAUCUGUCGAGGUAUUAGAGACUGUAUUGCCAAUUAGCACAGAAAAGAAGAGAGAAGAGAUUAUCACUCUGUGUCCAGACAGUGUUGAAGCGAAUCUCACUACUACUUACAUCGUUGCAAAAGAACCUAUUCGAGUACCUAAAGAUGAAGUCAUUUCGACAACUGAGGUGAAUGCUAAGAGUACUGAUAAAUCAAUCGGCGAUGUCCUUUUGAGCACCAUGGGUUUUAAAGAGGAUGAUGCUCCGCUAUUUGGAAGUGUACAGGACAGAAAAACUACUCGAUCUAAGACGGAAAGUACCUCGUCUUACGAAACGGAUCAAUAUAACGCAACCAAACAUUCAAAGGAACGUGAAAUGAAAGUAGAUGAAGUACGUGAUCAAAAAAUAGAAACUACUGAUGAUAAAUUAAAAUGCAUUGCAGAUGAUUUCAAGCAUCCUUAUUGGGCGGAUUAUGAAACUUACCGCAACGCUGAGAAGAAUUUAUAUCAAAAUUUCAAAGUCGUCAAAGUUAUUGAACCCCAGACGCUGAGCUCAUCGAUGCCGAAAUCAAGCACUCAGGAAAAAAUUGUCCAAGAAUCUUUCCUUGCUAAGGAAAUUGAAGCUGAAAAUAAAUUACGAGAUUUUGAUUUCACAAAAGAAAAAGAAACUCAUAACGUUAAGGAAAAAGUGAUAGAGGUGAAACAGAAAUCUGAUAAGAAAGAUGAAGGAAAAAAUAAAGAUACGAAGGAAUCUAAAAAAAAGUCAGAAACAAGUAAUGUCAUGGUUAGCGAAGUCAAAAAGGAAGUCAAAGAAGAACCGAAGAUUCAUUUGGUGGCUGAUGAUUCCUGGAUGGAUAUUUUGGAUGAACCAAUGGUCAUUGAUGACGAUUUUGAUGAUGACAAUGUAGAACCUGUUGAGAAAGUUUCGAAAAAAGUAAAAGAAUCAAAGGAAAUUAGCCAAAUUGUAGAAAAACCAACUGUAUCUGGUAGCAAUUUGGAAACUCAGUCAUCAACAACGACAUCUAGAGAUUCUAGUAAGAAGUCUAAGAAGCAAAAGAAGAAAAACAAUGCCGAAAAACAGAAAGAAAGUGAGAACGUUUCCGAUAAAAAAGAUAAUACUUUGGAAAAAGAAAAUUUGCAAGCAUUGGGAAAAUCUUUCGCUGAAGUAUUGGGAAAAUCUGCUACACCAUCCCCGCAGACAGUGGAAGAAAUUAAAAAGCCUGAAGGUAUAAUCAAACCUGAAGCGAUAAAGCCUGAGGUUGUUAAGCCUGAAGUUCUGGAAACCAAAAAAUCGCAGGAUAAAACUGAAGAAUCCGAUGAAACAGAAGGUUCUUGGGCUGCGAUUGCUGCAAAGAAAGUUGAGGUUCCUGAAAAUUUACUGCCAGCUGUAAAGAGUGUAGAAAAGGUGGACCAUCCAAAACCUUCGGUUCAAAUAGUUGUUGAGGAAGUUGCUAUGGAACCCAUUGAGAAUUUGGUUCAAGUGGAUGAGCAAGGGUUUAUGGAGUAUGUGAACAGAAAAGAACUACGCUCGAGGCGGUCUAGAUCACGGUCCAGGUCGAGAAGUAAUAGGCGUGAAAAUGCUCCUGAGGCAAGAUCCGCUGAUGUGGAUCAAAAAGCUGCUGAGGGAACUCAGGAAGAAUCUUUGGUUGAUAAUGUAGAGGUUGAGAAGUUGAGUGAAACUAAAGAAGAAAUUAAAGUUGUUGAAAGUCAACAAGUUUCGAAAGGUAAAUCGAAGCAGAAAAAAAAACAGAAAGAUAAAGAAGUGAAAACUGCGGGUGGACAGGUCCAAAGUGAGAAAGUUGAAAAGGUUGAUGAAAAACCUGAAGUACAGCCUGCUAAAGUUGAAACUAAAAAAUCUGAUGAGAAACCUGAUGUACUAACUGCGAAAGUAGAAAGUACAAAAUCUGAGACACAGCCUUUGAAAGUUGAGGAUAAAAAAUCUGAGCCUCAAAAUAAAAAAGGUGACAAGUCGAAGAAAUCUAAAGAACAAGCGAAAAAAAUUACUGAAGUUAAAAAGCCAGAAGAUAAAAAACCGGAAGUAAAAACUGAAGUUGCAGGAACUCAAAAAUCUGAAGAAUCUGCGAUGCCAGUUGUUACACCUGAGGAAAAAGUAGAGCCUAAAGAACAACCUAAAAAACCUGAAGAGAAAGCAACUAAAGAAGUUCAGAAACCUGAAGAGAAAAAACCUGCAGUACAAGCUAAAAAAUCCGGAAAGAAAGAACCUAAAAAACCUACUGUACAACCUGAAAAAUCUACAGGUAAGCCUGAACAGCAAAAACAACCAGAAAAACAAGUUCAAAAGCCUGUAGAAAAACCCGAACAACCUAAGAAAGUAGAAGAACAUGUUGAAAAACUGAAGGAUAAACCAGAACAACCGAAAAAAGCAGAUGAAGAGGUUAAAAACUCUUUAGACAAACCCGAACAAUCUAAGAAAGCAGAAGAACAAGUUGAAAAAUUGAAAGAUAAAUCAGAACCAUCGAAAAAGGCAAGUGAACAGGUUCAAAAAUCUGAAAACAAAAAACCAGAAUCAUCUAAAAAACCUGUCGAACAAAAACCUAAAGAAACUGUGACUAUUGGUACAAAGGUUGACGACAAGAAGAAAGAACCUGAAAAAACAGUCUGUCUAAUACCUAAAAAAGAAUCCAACGUACAGGUCCAAAAAUCUGAAGACAAAAAACCAGAGUCACCUAAAAAACCUGCCGAACAAAAACCUAAAGAAACUGUGACUACUAAUGUAAAAGUUGAUGACAAGAAGAAAGAACCUGAAGUAACAUUGUGUCCAAUGCCUAAAGAAAAAUCUAAGGAUAAGAAAAAGAACAAAAAAGAUGAAAAGACUCCUGUAGAAGUUCCAAAGAAGUCUAACGAGCCUGAAAUUCCUAAAAAAGUAGAAAUCCCACCAGAAUUACCUUCUGAACCAGCUAUUAAAGAACCUGAUCUGCCAGCACAAGACCAAUCUUUAACUUCAGAAGACAGCAAAGACUCUGGCUUCUGCGUAAUCACCAGCGAAUCUGAAACAACCGAGUUUUCUCACGAAAGUUCCUUGCUCCGCGACAUGGUUGUAGUUCCACCAAUGGAUUCACCAUCAGCGCCACCAACAGAACCUCCUCCACAAUCUCGUUCUCCACUGCCUAAAAGCAAAGGUACUUCAAACCUCAUGUCCAGUAACUCUGCAUCCAGCGCCUCUUUGGAACAUUGUUCCAUAGAAAUUUGCGAAACACCAUCCUCGAAAGUGCAGUUUUACAUCGACGAGGACGACGAUAUUGUAGUGAUUAGCCACGCAACAGAAGAGGAAGCUUCUUCGUCAGAAAUUUCUCCCAAACAAGAUCGUCCAUCUCCAUUAGAGGCCUUGAAGUUCAUCAGCUGCGACCGUUUCUGGCUCGACAAACGAGCUUACCACAACGCAGAACGCGAUUUCUUCGCAGAGAAGUCUUCUAAGCUCAAACAAAAGGUCUCGACUAUUAAACAUUCUUACGAUCCCCGCGAUGACGAUGAUAAAAACAAUGACAAAGGUCGUAAAGGGCCUAAAGACCCGUCGUUUGAUGCACACAGCGGUUCAUCGACUCCUAAAACGGAGCGUCUUGUCGCGGAUUUGCCCGGCGGAAUUGGUAGUUGGAAUGAUUACAGUACAUACUUGUCUCUCGGUCAAGACCCAUCGCGAGUGGACCCACGGGACCAUGAUCCUCAUUCUCAAAAACUUUCGGUUCCUAAUUUAUCUUCUUCUCUCUAUCAAACCACUUCUCUACUACCUCUUUCUUCUUCUUCUAUUUCAACUUCAACUUAUUCAAACUAUCACUUAUCAUCCUCGCAAGCCCAUCCAUCCAUACAGCAUUUAGGUACAGAAAUAAGCGGUUCAACUAAACAGCUAAGCAGUACUAAUCAGGAAUUACCUGUUACAACUAUUGCCGUCGAUAAUGAUCCAGUUCACGGGUACAAGGAGAGCUUAGAAAAUUCCGUGGAGAACUUGGAAGUUAUUGUCAGCCGGCUUGAAGAGUCACUCAGCAGUUUACCGCGUGAUAGUUUGGAGAACAUGCUAUCAGCACUAGCAGUGAUUCUUGGUGAGUUGCGCAAGCACGACCAAAGAAGCAAUGAAAUCCAAAAAGAGUUGGACAAAAUUGAAGCAGUUGAAGGUGAAAAAUUGAUUGCACCUGUGACAAGACUUCGCGAGCGGUUAGCUGGACUUAUUGAUCAGGUGGAGCAAGGGAUCGCUGCUUUGGGCAAAGCCAGAGAGAUUAAGCAUCAACGAGAACAACAAGUUGCGCUUUAUAAAACUUUCUUGGAAGAAACUGACUCCUGGUUGAGGAACUUGGUCUUGAUGAUCAGCCAACAGCAGUCUGUUCUUUCCUACCAGACACUUCUGAGCGAAUUGGAGGCCCGAAACCAAAGAAUGAACGAGCUGGAAACACUGCCAGAAGUGAGCGAACUUGCUCGUUCAUUGAGAGCAGCCCUGCUGGAGACUUACACCCGUUUGAAGCAAAAGCAGCAGGUAUACGAGACUCACAAGUCUGGGAGUACUGGGGCUUUUGGGCUGUUCACCAAUUACAAUCAUCGUGCCACGGAAAUCGAGGAAGACGAGUCCGCUCAAGCUUCCGAAGAAUUAGCGGAUCACGACGAUAUAACCUUAGACCAAGCGCCCUCUAUCCACUCAGGGGAUGAGGGUACAAUGUCCUGGGCAGACAUAUCCCUCCAAACUGGACAGAGUUUAAUAAUAGACCACCAAAACAAACCAAUCCAACUAACAAAGCAAACAUCGACCUCACAAAUAGCAGAGUUUGAUGUUCAAACUCAACCAAUGGAAAUGCAGUCUAUCCCCGUUCAGGUAUCAAUAGACGAAGGGGUUAAGUCGACACAGGAGUCGAUAAAAAUUUACAAAACCGCAAACGAUACCCACGAAGUAAUCGAAAUCGCUACCAAAAACAUUCCCGCGUCUUCCAGCUCCCAAUUUAUCUUAGCAGAGCGUUCUGCUGAUGACAUAGUAGUUGAUAUGAAAUACCAAGACGCAAAAGCCCAGCAGAGCGCCACCUCGGAACUGAGUAUCCAGCAUGCAGCGCCUCAGACUUUCGAAACAGUUCUCACCGAGCCGGACGACGUCACUACUGAAGUAGUCGUGGACGCUGACGGAACAAAGAGAAUAAUUGUUAGAAAAUUGCGACGAACUCUGGUGAGGAGCCAGCAGAUAACCUCCAUGGACCAGGUCAGCGUAUCUGGAGACGAGAUGCCUCAAGGAGUUCAAGCUUUCUCGGAAGCGACGAUGAGAAGCCAGCAAGUUACUGUAACUAGAACGCGACCUGACGGAAGCGUCGAAAUGGCCGCCAAGGAGACUUACGGAGGGAAAAUAACGACUGGUGGCGCUCCGGGAGAGGUUGUUAGUGUGGAACAGUUUGAAACUACGCCUCAGUACACUCACAGAGUGAUUCAUGGUCAGUUAGAAGACAUAGGACCAGAAUUGGGAGGUAAUGUUACUAUUGAAGAAGGCGCUUAUCAAACGAAAACUUCGACGGUUCACGCGAUGGUUCAACAAGUUACUAGGAGGGUCAUCAGGAAGACCAGAAGGACUAUUCGCAAGGUUACUAUUAUUGAUGGGAAGGAAACAAUGUCUGAAGAAGUAGUCGAAGAGCCGGAUGAAGUUGAAAUUGAUGAGCAAGAUAUUCCACAUAUAAGUAUCAAUGUUGUGAAGCAGGAGGAGCAGAAGACGUUUGUUAAGGAUGAUUCUGUCAGACAGGUUUCGAAGGCUACUGAAAUCAAUAGCAGUCUUCAGGGACCGUUCUUUGGGCCUACUGCUCGAGAAUUAACACCGGAUGGCAUUGAAGUUGAAGAUAAGCCGGUUAUUCAGGAAAUUGUUGAUCAAGAUGGUGAUCAAUUGAAGGAAAUUGAAGAUAAGUCUGAAGAAAUCGAGGAGGAGGUGAAGAAAGAUGUAGAGAGUCCGGAAAAAUUGGAAGAAAUUAAGGUAAAUGACACGACGUCGAUAAACAUAAGUCAAAAAUUUAUAGACGUUGAAAAAUCUGAACUUUUACAGUCAGCUUUAGGAACUCCUGAUGCUAGAGUUGAUUCCAGUGAGGCUAGAGAAAAGGAAGCUGAGUUACCGAUAACAGAUGAGAAAGCUGGUGAAGAAGUUGCGGAGAAUACCUGUAAGUCUAUGCCUGUUGAGGUACCAGCAGUAAUGACUGAAAGCUUUGAUAUGAAAUUAGAUACAGGCACAGUAGAAGUAGUACAGCACGCAGACGAUAGCAGCACUGUAGUUGGCUACAAAGAAUCACCUGGUAAACAGAAUAUUGUUGUGUUAGAGUCGCAAGAAUCAUCGCUACCAUCUGUCGAUCAUGCGUCGCCGGCACAAUCACCAUCCCAACCAUCUGAUUCGCACACAAAUUUGGGUAACGUUGAUGGAGCUUCCAGAGAUUCUAAGGCUGUUAUUGACAAGGUGGAAAUUUCCCUGAUGAUCAACAAGAGUCUAGAAGUAACUGAUGAGGCUGGAGUUUUCGUUGCUGUGAAAACAACCGCCGAACGACCAGAUGAUGUUUGUAGAAUUACGGAAGAGAAUGUAGACAUCAGAUUGCCGACUCAGGUGGAAAUCGUUGAAGUAGUUCCGGAUAAAAUUGUUCAGACCAGCGCUUUAGAAUCUUUUGAACCCGAUCAAGUGCCGGCGUACAAAGAAUCAGAAAAGAGUGACGCUGAGACGAGUUCCAGUCGCAAGAGUAGGAAGAAAAAGAGACGCAAAGAUGAAGAUAUUGGUGGAAAAUCUAGUGAAGAGUCUGGAAGUUCUGUCGCUACGACUAUCGCGGAAUCAGUGGAUCUUAAUCUUCCGAUUUCUGAGUCUCCGAAGCAGGUGAGCGAGCAACCGCAGCCAGAUGUUCUGGAAAUUACCGAAACUUCUUUGACGCUUUCAAGCCCGAGGGAAACGUCGAUGGGAUAUGAGCCUGAAGAUGUGACUACUGUCGAUGAAGCUUCUUUGAUUCAGGAGAAGGAUUUGAGCAAGAAGAAAAAGAAAAAGAAGAGGAAGCAAAGAUUCAAUGGUGAUGAGAAUGAUGAAGAUGAUGAUGAUAAAGCGAAAGAGAAAGAUGUUAGAGGAAUUGAAACUAGUGAACCAGUUAAAGAGCUUGGGGAGAAAAAGUUCACGGAAAUCGAUACUCAAACGGUUUACGAAACACGCGAUGUAUCCGCCAGCCCCGCAGAGCUUCAGUCGCUCAGAGAUACCUCGCUGCAAACUUCUCCCGAGGCAAAACAACAACAACCCCCGAUGGGUGAUAGUGUGGGUGUAGUUGAACGAGUGCAAACGGUUACAACAGUAAUUCAGACGUCGCCAACAGAAGUUUUGGAUACGGAGAUCCAGACUGAAAUUGGUUUACUGGAAAAAGAACUAUUGGAUGUGCAAACUGAGACUAAGGAAGUGGUCAGAGAAGAAGAAGCUGUGCAGACGAGUCCUGUUGAACAGGAAGAACCUGCAGGACUGGUAGUUCAAGAUGUGGGUGAAAAGGCAGAAACGGUUAAAACUGAAGAAAUUGAUGUGCAGACGGUUCAAACGGAGACUACAGAGGCUCAGACGUCGCCUAUUGAAGCCGUGGCGAUGACGGAAAUUGACACACAGACUGAAGUUCAAGAACCGGUGGAUGAAGUGGAGAAAGAAACUCCUAGGGUAAAGGAGACUCAAGAUAAUGAACAACAAACUUCGCCGGUUCAAUUCCAAGAUUCUGUUUUGGAAGAAAUGGGAGUUCAAACUUCGCCGGAGUUAGAAGACUUGAAAGUCGAAGCUGUUAAGACUGUAGAGAUUGAUGUCCAGACUAGCAGUCCAGAUUUGGGGAAUGUGAAUGUGACGAAAGGUGACUUUGAAGUUCAGACGAACUUGAUCGAAGAAGUAACAGUUGUUGCUAUGGAAACGCAAACUACCCCGCGAGAAAGUCCAAAGGUUGAAGAAAUCGAAGUUCAAACUAUUGUCGAGCCUACUGUUGAGUCAGUUGUACAAACAAGCCCGGAGCCGGAGCAUGCGAGUGAAAAAUGUGAGGUGGUAAAUGAACAGGAAUUGGUAGAGGAAGCUAUUUUGGAGAAAAAAGUUACUGUGGAAGAAGAAUCUCAGACAACUCCAGAGAAAAUUGAAACUAAGGAUUCGUUUGUGCAGAUUGAGAGCCAGGAAUUGAUUCUAACUGUCGAAGAAGGGGUGCAAAGUAUCCCUGAUGCUGUGGAGGUAAGUCUUCAGACUUUGGAGUCUUCUGAAGAAACUGGAGAUAAGGAAGCUGCAUUAAAAACUGCUACUAUGCCUGAAACUCGGGUUUUCACUAAAGAAACAGCGUCUUCGCCAAUCAAGGAGCUUAGAGAAGUGGAGAAAACGGCUGAGGUUGUCCAGGAAAAAAUCGUUCAGAAAAUUCCUGAGGUAGAUUCGUUAGUGAUGAAGAAAGUUGAAGAAAUACCAGUGAGAAGAGUUGAAACUCCAGAGAAAGAAUUGACAGAUACCUCAUCGUUUGAAAUUCACGUGCAGGCGACUAUCGAUUUGUCAGACAAUACUAUUACCGAAUCAGCUCAAGAAAGCGAAUCAACUGAUGUUACUCACGAUACCAUUUCAGAAGACUUGAGUGAGGUCGCCGACCUGGCGAUCGAUAAAGCUCGCAAACGCUCUAAGAAAAAGAGUAAAAAGAAAGCCGUUAAGCCGAUUGAUGAAAUUACUCGCAUCGAAAAAGACAAUCACCGAUUCGAAUCAGUCGUUAGCCAAUCAGGCUCCAAAGAAACGGUAAUGAAACUAACCUACUCUGAUGUUACACGAAAGGGUUCCAAGGAACGCGAGAUUGUUGAUGAGCAAAAUAAUGUUAGUGUGGGCAGAAUUACCACGGAUUUGGAUCUUAGAAAUGUGGAACAUCAGCAAAAAAGGAAUUCUGAUGGCCAGGAAGUUAAAUUGAAGGCUACUUUUGAAUCUGAACCACGGGAGUCUUUCAAAGUUAAGGAGACAAUUGUGGGUACUAGUUCUAAAGGAGAUGAAUUUGCAGUUUCUAUGCAGGUCCAGAAGAAUAUUGCACGACGUAGAGAUCGCCCAAGUAUGAAGAUUGAAGUUCCAGAGCCGAUGGAUACUGAUGAAGAAGUACUUUCUCCAAUGGAAUCAGUUUUGGCGAAGAAAGAAGUCAAAACUUACGCUGAAGUCGCUGAAUCUGGGUACGGAUCGAGCCCUUUGAUGAAUAAAUCAACAACCGAGCAAUUUAUCGCAGCUGAAAAACAAGAUCAGCGACCGCAAGUUCUUCAGCAAACACAGACAGCGAAAGUCGUGGUUGAUCGGUUGAAAAAUCUGCAAAAUGUCAACGAGACUUCUUACCUGACAAAUAUCUUGCACAUUGCGAGUCUUGAAGACUUUUCUCGACCGGUAAAUGCCGAAGAACGUGUUCUUGGUAUCCAGAAGAAUUUGUCGCAGCUAAAACACGCGAUUGAAGAACGCAAUGUGAUAAUUGUCGAGGAAACUCUGGUGACGAUUGUGGAAAUAAUUUCCACUUGGCUCGAGACUAUUGAGUACCGAGUUUUCGUGAGCAGAGAAGCGACCAAUGGGCCAUCCCAUGAAGACACCAGGAUGUAUGUUGAGCUGAAGGACGAGAUUAAUCAUGUUGAAGAUAGUAUUGAAGAGUUGAGGAGGACUUGGAAGCUCAUGGAGAAUGCUUAUCCUGCUGAUGAACGCGAUAAGGUCAAUGAGUGCAUGGAUUCGUUGGUCAAUCAAGUCAAGGCUAUUGAAAACGCUACAAGGGAUGAGGAGAGAUACGUCACUGCUGAGCUUUCAAAGUGGGAUGAAUUUUUGAAUGGCGUGGAUAAUAUUUACAGAUUGGUCUUAGAACAAUUCAGUGAACUGAACACAAUAAUUGAAAGCACAGAAUCAACAGCUAAAAAAUUGGAAGAACUGGAUAAAUUGGAGAACACAAACCGUUCUCACAUGUGCAAUACAAACAAAUUGAUUGCUUCUGUAAGAGAUUUGCUGAAGAGUUAUCCCGGAAGGUCGGUACCAGAUGAAACCUACCAAGCUCACGAAUUAACACUGACAAUUGAGCACAAUAUAAACGUGGAACGGGAACGGUUGCUCCAGUUGAUGACUGUAGCAGAAGAAUAUGAGCAGACAUUGCAAGACUUUGCCCAAAUAACAGAUGUCGCUGAAGAUUUGCUCGCUAGUCCAAUAUCCGUGAUGAGUCUCGAGCAUCUGCAGGACGAAAUGCAGAAGCACAGAAAGUUCUUCGUUAAUUUGAACCAUUGCCGAGCGAUUCUAGAGUCGUUGGAAGACAAUUUGGACAUUGAAACGCGGACCAAGCACGCGGAGUUCCAUGAGAAUCUGCACAGCCGGGCUGGUUCUUUGCUGGACCGAGCGGCUUCUAGGGCUCAGCAGAUGUCUCUGGCCGCUUCCAGGUGGAUAGUCCUGGGGCAAGGGUUCAAGGAAGAGCGAGGGUGGCUCCAAAUCGCGCAUCAGCGAGUUCCCGACUUGCAGACAGUUACUUCUUCAGAUUACGACCAGUACAUUUCUUUGUACCAAUCGCUGUCUUCAGACAUCGCAAUGCACCAGGUAAGGCUGCACCAGCUGUUUGACUCUGUAAAUAUUCUGCAGGAACUCCUGGAGGUGGAGGACCUUGAUGAAAGGUACAGAGAGUCUCUGGAUGUGAUUGCCAAGCUCCAAGAAGAAGUAGACUCCUCGCUCAGGAGCUUGCUGACCUUCCGCGACAGCUGGAGCACCCAUGAAGUGCUGACUAAUCGGCUGGAAAACUGGAUGGCGACCACAGAGCGAGAACUAGAUGCUCUGAAGGAUAAUUGGGAUGGCCAUAUGCGUCAAUUCUGGCGCCAAUUCCACGGAGAAUUCCAAGACCGCUGGAACAGAGUGUCCGGCAAGAUAAAAACCAUCCAGAAAGCAGUAGCGGACACAAUAUCCUCUGAAGACACGCCAAUAAACGAAAAACUGCGGCUGCUUGAGCGCGAAUUGAGCGAACUUCGCACCACAAUCGAGGGUUUCCACGGAGUUCUAAAAACAGAAGACGAACUCGAGCUGUACGUGGGACGUCUCUCAGUUCUUUUCGAGCGAGUUUGCAUCAUCCAGGACGAACUGGUGAAACUGGGAAUGCUUCCUGCAGCUGAAAGCGAGCAGGUCAGCGUUCUUUUGUCCUUCGCAGGUCGCAUGGAGAGCCAAGUUCGCGAGGAACUCGAUGCCGCGCAAUUGGUCCAAGACCGACUACAAGCUCUCCAACGAGGUCUAGCACGAGUUAGGAAAGCUCAUACUAGACAGUCGGUUGUCUUGGACCAGUGUGAAGCCUGUGAAAAACACGGAAGCGACGUCGUUGAGGGAGGAGUCAAAAGGUGCUCUCAGGUCGCUGACGAACUCGCGGUUUUAUGGAAAGAUCUAAUGGGUCUCAGGCAAUUGUUACACACAGUACCCGGAGGAAUGCGCGUCUCUGUUUCGCCUGUCAGCAUCGAGAGAGACAUCUCCACCCUCCAGGAUGUCAACACUGAUCUCGAGUCGCGAUGCGCCAAACUCUUGGCUCUUUUGAAGAGCAGGUUGAACCUCUGGAGACGGUUCGAGCGGCAACUGGAAAUGGUUCAACAGUCUGUUCAAGAAGCUGAUCAUAUGAUGAAGGUUUUGGCUAUUCAGGGCUCCGUCGACUACGAUAGACUUCUCAAGGCUACUGAACACCUUGAAGGUCUGAAUGGCGACUUAGGAGCUCGCGAAUCCUGGGUAGAAGAAUUGCGCGCCGCAGCGGAGCCUUUACUGGAAGUUUGCACUGCAGAAGUAAGCGAGCGCGUUAACGCCGCGGUAAAUGAAGCUGUCCAAGCUUGGGAAGACACCAGAUCCGAGCUGGGUGAGCUUUGUACCAAGUACCAGCACGCUGUGAGAUUGUGGGAGCAGUACAGGGACUCAAGUGCUGCUGUUAAAGCUUGGGUUGACACUCAAAUGGGAAGCAUUACUAAUCUGCCUCCCGAAGAAGCUUUGAAACAAGUCAAGGUCUGCGAAGAAACUUUAGCGGAACACAAGGAACGGCUGGCGGAAUUACGCGGGCUGGUCGCGCAAAUUGCAUCAGACGUAGGCCUAGACAGCAAUGGACCUCUGCACUGUGAAGUUGAGGCAUUGGGACGCCGGCUUGAGGAUGUACGCGAGACACUGUCAACCCUCGCGGAUACCGCGGAUGCUCGCGCGCUUAAUCAGGAGCUGACACGUGGAGAUUUAUGUCAAACUAAAAAUUUCUUGGAUUCUGUUCAGCAGAGCCUGAUCACAGUGGGUCAAGGUGAAUCGAAAGAACAGCUGAACCUUCUCCGGAACCACUUGCUAGCAUUAACUCGCACGGAGCCGCAAUUACAGUCAAUAAAAGACCGAGCUCUAGACGUAGCCACCACAGAAACUUCCGUGGUCGACGUCCUCCAGCUCUGGCAGCGAGUGUUCCGCGAGACCUUCCAACAAUACCACAGAUUAUCCGCGAGACUAGUCAGAUCCGAGGAUGUCGCAGCAGCACUGCGUCUCUGGCAAGAGUACUUAUCACACGUACAAGAAUUCCUAUCCAACGACAUGCCGGGCGACUACAACGGACUAUCAGAGCACAGGAACCUAUGCGAAGUCCACAAGAACCUGCUCACGGACCAACAGCACCUGAUUCUAUCAAUCCGGGCGGAAAAAGGCCGCGAUUUAUCAGUCGCCGAGCAGUUUAAUAUCCUGACGAACCUCCACAAUGAAACUUUGUCUAAAAUCAUGGACAGACAUGCGUCUGUUCGCGACCGACUCGCCGCCUGGGACAAGUAUAAACUGGACCAGAGUAAAUUACUGUCCUGGUUGAAAGAAAUCGAGCGAGAAAAGAGCCGGCUGCAAUUGAGAUUCAUUCACGUUAGAAGACUGGAUAAAAUAAUCAGUAAAAUAGAAUCUUUAUUAGAAAAAGUACCUAGUGGAGAAGCCCAGAUAAAUUCUUUAUCAGUUCAGCAAGACUCCUUGUUAAGCGACUGUGAAGAAGCGCUCGCAGUUUCAAUUCGCAUGGAGCACGCAGCUAAUACCCAAAGAAUAACUAAUUUACGCGCUAGCUUAGAAACUUGGCGCGAUUUCGUCCUCAGGAUACGAAAGUUAAACGAACAACAUGUCGAACAGACUGCUAUCAUCACCAAAAGGUUCCAAGAUAUAAGCCAGACCAUAAGCUCCGCGUUCCACAAUUCCUCAAGUAACUUACAGCACGUGAAGCAGCAAUUAGAUUCGCUGCAGCAACUAAGAGCUAAACUGAACGACGCCCCAAGUCAUUUAGAAGCCCUAGGAGUCACAACAGAGCAGCUUCGCGAGUGUCUUUCUCCCUCGGAUAUGAAGAGCCUCAACCAACACAAUUCUCUUCUCUGGCAGCAGCACGGUGAUUUGGAGCACCAGCUCGCUUUGCUGGUCUACAAACUCGGGGAGCGGCUUAGUUUAAGAGGAAAAUGGGACAAGAGAUUAACGAGGUUCUUCGUCUGGGUCACUGACGCAGAGACUCGGAUCAAUAGUUGCGAUUCGUCGCUAGAAGAGCCUGAAGAAGCUUUAAAGCGUCUGGAAGGCGAGCUUCAUGCAGAAAUGGCUUUGAAGCAGCGUGAGCUAGACUGGCUGCAAACUACCGGCUUGGAGCUGGUUGAUAUUGCUGAUAAAGAAGACGGAGAGCUGAUUCAGAGGUCAUUAGAUGACAUUAACGAGCGCUGGGCGAGGUUGCUCAGUGCUGGAAAGGCCAGGACUACCAAGCUGCUGGAUUUGAUGCAGACGAUGAACUUGUUGGAGAAGAGCAUCGCUGAAAUUCGCGGGUGGCUUGGAAAGGUUGAAUUGCAGCUGACUGAGGCGUUUGUCAUUGAAAGUAAGACUCAAAAGACGAUUGAUAAGAAGCUGGAAGACCAUGAGAUGCUUCAGAAGACUAUUGAAGAUGAAAGUGGGAAGAUUGGGGAAGUACUUAAUCUUUGUGAAAUUUUGCUGAAUGAUUGUGAUGCUUGGAAGGCUUCAUUUAACACCGAGCCGAUUAAGUCGGGCAUGAAGGGUUUGGAGAAAAGAUGGAAGUCUACUUGUGUCAGAUCUGCGGAGCGCAAGAGAAAGAUUAUUAUUGCCUGGAAGCUGGUACAAGAGCUGGAUAAGGUUAAGCAGGAGCAAGAGCAGUGGAUUGCGGAUGUUGAGAAAGAAUUGCUGGGGCUAGAAGAGGGGUUGGACAAAACGAGCAAAGAAGGUGAGCAGAUACUCAGCAAGACUCGUCGGGUUUUAAAAGACAUUGACGCGCACAAACCCGCGCUGGUUAUUAUCGAGCAGAGUUACAGCAGGCUUGCUAAAAGUGGACUGGAACCUGAGAACUUCAAGGCGCUUACGGUGGAUGUCAGGUUACUUUUAGAUCGAUGGCAAGCGCUCAAGCCGCGAGCCAAUUUAAUCAUUUCGGCUCUCAGACGCGAACAGAAAGCCUAUCGCGAGUUUAUAACUGCUCAUGGUUCUGCGGUGGUAGGACUGACUCAGGUUGACGUUAAGCUGACCCAAGUUCAGCACCUGGAGCAGAAGGUUUCGGUGAGGCGCAGGCUCCAGCAGAUUAUGGAGAUUGAGAAGGAAUUGGCGGUUCAGAGCAGGACUUUGCAGAGGGCUGAUGAACUUGCGCUAAUUGUAAUGCAAGAUUGCGCGCCUAAUGAUGUGCCGGCUAUUCAAGAGCUUGUUGAUGAGUACCAGCUGCUGUGGCAAGAUAUUAAGAGUCGAGUGGCUACUUUGAAGACACAGUUUGAGGAGAGCAGUGAUAAAAUGGAGGUCGAUGAGGCCGUUCAAGUUGAGACUUUGAAGUUUGAACAGGAUAGUGCCGUUCAAGCAAAAUUAAUGGGAAGUUGUCAGUCGGCAAUUGAACUGGCGAAACAUCUUCACGGACUAUUGACAGCAGAUGGAAAAUUGAACGACGAAGUAGCCAAAACCGUCGAGGUUAACGAUCUAAGUAUGCGCUACGAAAGUACAGUAGUGCGAGCACGAGCUCGUGAGCAACAAAUUCGCGAAAUAAGGUCGCCUCUAGUCAACGCUUACUCUCUUCCAUGUGAACACGAUCAGGGUAGACUUACAUGUCCACUGUGUUCGCGACGAAACUGGGCGCAGCUGGACAUAGACCUCUGGCGACUCGAAAAGUGGUUGGAGUACGCGGAAGGUAUUCAAAGCGAGCAAAGUUCCCCGCCGAGCAACAUUGAAGACCUGGAGGACAUUAUUCAAGACCACCGUGAGUUCCUCUUGGACCUGGACAGUCACAAAAGCAUCGUAAUUAGUCUGAACAUAGUCGGCUCGCAUCUCGCAGACCACACGGAAGAUGUCGAGCGGGCUCAAGAACUUCGCGAUCGUCUUGCGACCGCUAACUCAAGGUGGGAACGCGUCUGUUCUACCGCGCGAACUUGGCAGUCUGCGUUGCAGUCUGCUCUGAUGGGCAACCAACAGUUCCACCGGAUUGUCGAAGAACUGCUCAGCUGGCUAGAGAGAACGGAAAAUUCCAUCCAAGCUAAUGAGCCCAUCGAUUUGGCUGAUAAUGUUGAUGUUAUUAAAUCCAAGUACAAUAAAUUCAGGGAAUUAAGAAGUGAUUUAGAACGUUGUGAACCACGAGUGGUAUCACUUGAAGAGUCAGCGCACCAUUUAUUGGACGAAAGUAUGGAAAUCCGCGGUCGUUUGCACGAACUAAAGCUUCGGUUGCAAUCAUUACGACGAUUAACCGGCAUUUAUGCACUGAAACUCGGUGCAGCUCUCGGAUUAGACCCCAAAGAAGUCGGACUUGCUGCCACUUCAUCGUCGCUAGCCUCACUCUCUAACGAUCUGCUCGACGGAGCUUCCUCGACAACCAGUCUACACGGCCAAUCAUCCAGUAAUGAUGGUGACGAAAGAGAUCGAACGGUAUUAAUACGUGGAUACCGUUUCUUAGGUCGUGUAUUAAGAGCUUCCUUACCAAUUCAAGCAUUGAUGUUAUUAUUACUCGGUGUUGCUUCUCUGGUGCCUACAGCUGAGGACGACUACAGCUGUAUGCUCUCAAACAACAUUGCCAGGACAUUUACUCCAGUUGUCGAAUAUCCCAAUGGUCCUCCACCUUUACUCAUCAACGCCUUAAACAAUUCCUAUAAAUCUAAAAAGAUAAUCAAGAUUUAA